AGGGGACAGGAACUCACCCACUGUUCGUCCUCAGGGCGUCAGGGGGCCUCUUUUGAGUGUCCAGCCGGGGCCAAUCCCGCUCCUCCUCUUCCUCUUUUCUCUUAGUGCCGCCUUCGUGCCUCUCGAAUGAGUCUCAUCCCUCUCCUCCCGUAGCCCCGUCCCUAGUCGACUCUCCUGUCUGGUGAGCCGAUGAGAUGACGACUAAUCCAGCAGAGUACCUAUUAGGACCAUGAUGAGAGAGUAAUGGGCGGGGAUGAUGGGGAUUUAUUCUCUUUUCAUUCUACUCCGAAUGUGAGACCGGGACAUUUUGAGCCCUAAUGUUCCCACAGUCACUCAUAAACCCAAUCUCACGAUUUAUCCCACACCCCUCCUUAACCCCCCCCUGCUUCAACCAUCACCAUCCAUCCGUCCCGUCGUGCAGCCACAAUCCCAGUCCGCCUCUCCCCGUCCACGCCGUCUCCUAUCCACAAUCCACACACCUCUUCUCGAAUCUCCUCCUCCUCCUCCUCCUUGUCCACCAUCUCUCUCUCCCCUGCCGCCCUCACACCGUGACACCCACAGCCAUCUUCGACCACCCCCGUUCGUGGCUCGGAUUCUCCAAUUUCUGGUGCCUGUCACCUUGUCCCUGCACUGCAUCCGCAAUUCUUCUUUUCCCUCCUUUGGGCUCCUGGGUCACUCCUUUCUCCCGUCACUCGCAAUCCAAUCCAACCCUCGUCCUCCAAGACCAUCGUCUCCAGUCGUUUACUUUUGCUUCCACCGGCCUUCCUUGCUCCUCGCCUACGUAGUACCUUCAUUCUCCCCCCUUCUCUCUUUCUGCCCUCUGCUUCCCUCUCCACUGAGCCACGAGC